AUGAUUCAACCUCACACUAGAAGAUCAAUACUGGAAUUUCACAUGAUUUUCAGAGUCCACAAUCCAGGAUUUACCAACUUCACUCAACUAAUCCAACUUUCUUCCUACAGACAAAUGGAGUGGAAAAAUAUGACCAGCAUCUCAGAGUUUUUCCUCCUGGGGUUCUCUGAACAGCUGGAGCAGCAGAAGGUCCUCUUUGGGCUCUUCCUGUUUAUGUACUUAAUCACUGUGAUGGGCAACCUCCUCAUCAUUCUUGCCAUCAUCACUGAUGCUCAACUCCAUACUCCCAUGUACUUUUUCCUGGCCAACCUCUCUCUUGCUGAUGCCUGCUUUGUGUCUACCACAGUCCCUAAGAUGCUGGCAAACAUAUGGAUCCAGAGUUCGGCCAUCUCUUACUCAGGGUGUCUAUUACAGCUGUUUUUUUUCAUGUUGUUUGUGAUGCUGGAGGCAUUCCUCUUGGCUGUCAUGGCCUAUGAUCGCUAUAUGGCCAUAUGCCACCCACUCCAUUACAUCAUGAUUAUGAGCCCUGGGCUCUGUGUCUUCCUAGUGUCUGCAUCCUGGAUCAUGAAUGCCCUCCACUCCCUUCUACACACUCUCCUGAUGAACAGCCUGUCCUUCUGUGCAAACCAUGAGAUCCCACACUUCUUCUGUGACAUCAAUCCCCUCUUGAGUCUUUCCUGUACAGAUCCCUUCCUCAAUGAGCUAGUGAUCUUCAUCAUUGGAGGUCUUGCAGGCCUGGUUUGUGUCCUCUGCCUGAUUAUCUCUUACGCGUACAUAUUCUCAACCGUUCUAAAGAUCCCCUCAGCUCAAGGAAAGCGAAAAGCCUUUUCCACCUGCAGCUCUCAUCUCUCUGUGGUCUCUCUCUUCUUUGGGACUUCCUUCUGUGUUUAUUUUAGUCCCCCCUCAACCCGCUCAGCACAGAAGGGCACAGUUGCAUCAGUGAUGUACACAGUGGUAACACCAAUGUUGAAUCCCUUUAUCUACAGUUUGAGAAACCGAGAUAUCAAGUAUUCUCUGAAAAAGUUAAUUUUAGUUAGAAAAAGUCAUUCCCCUUAGUGGUAACAACUUGGCAUCCA